UAUGAUUGACAUCAUGUCAGCCCCAGUUACAGAACCCUAUCCACAAACCAUGCAGCCCUCCGUAAGUGAUAUCGUCUCACAGAAUCUCACUCCACCGGAAGAAACUCCGAACGAAAAGAAAGCAAGGCUUCAAAGGAAGCGACAGGCGUUGUACAGGGCCAAGAAGCGCCUCCCGGGUGCAGCUCCUACGCUGGCAGCUGUACAGGACGACCAACAGGCUGUACCUUCAACUUUGGCCGGGUCAUCCUUAUCAGCAGCUUCUGCAAUCCUGCAACAACAACAACGAAGGAAUACGGACGACGAAUUGCUCAAUGAAAUCGCUGGACGAUACUCCACCCCACCGGAUGAAACACCACCCGAGAAGAAGGCAAGGCUCGCCAGAAAGCGACAAGCGCUGUACAGGGCCAAGAAGCGCCUCGCGGGAGCAGCUCCUACGGUGGCAGCUGUACAGGACGACCAACAGGCUGUACCGUCUACUUCGGCCGGGACAUCCUUAUCAGGAGCUCCAGCAAUCUUGCAACAACAACAACUACGAAGGAAUAUUGACGAUGAUUUGCUCAAUGAAAUCGCUGGACGGUACUCCACCCCACCGGAUGAAACACCACCCGAGAAGAAGGCAAGGCUCGCCAGAAAGCGACAGGCACUGUACAAUGCCAGGAAGCGCAUGGUGCAAACUCCGAAUGUCGCAACUGUGGUCAACCGCGCCCCAGCACCAGCAUCAGCACCAGUACCAGCACCAGCACCAGCACCAACACCAGCAUUGGUAGACCCAACUGCAGCAGUUGCUAUCCGAGUGCCAAUACAUCAGCAGCUACAAACAUACGUGCGCCAUCUUCGCGACCAUGAAGCAGAUCAGCAGCGACAAUUCAUAGCCCGGCGUCGUAUGACCGGCCAUCUGAGAGUAGCACAUGGGAACCAUGAGUCGUACAGUUGUCCCUCGCUUCAUACGCUUGCACCACGCGUACCUUGCAAUUUCUGUUCCGCUCUCAAGUGGCCUGGAGAGCCGCCCAGUGUGUGCUGCAACAGUGGACAAGUUGUGCUUCCACCGUUUCCCGAACCGCCAGCAGAGUUGCGCCAACUAUUUGACGUGCCGCAAUUUCUGCUCAACAUCCGGCGAUACAAUAAUGCGUUUGCCUUCACCUCUAUCGGUGCCUCAAUACGAGGAAAUGACCCAGUACGCCAGGAUCUACGAGUCGGUCACGGUGGAAUUUACAACUAUCGCAUACAAGGUGCGCUUUGCCAUCGAAUCGGUUCGCUCGCUGUGCUUCCAGGACGUCCACCAUGCUACGCACAGCUGUACUUUUAUGAUUCAAGCUCGGAGGGUCAGUACGACGAAAUGCUGAACGCUCGGGCCAUAGCAUAUGGUAGUGAGCUGAAUCGUGAAAUAUUGGCCAUUUUGCAACGUGUUUUUUCGACUCACAAUCCGAUUGCAGAGAUGUUUAAGCAUGCGUACGAACCGUUCGGUCGAUACAUUGGUCAACCCGGAGGAACACGAGCAUCUGCAACUUCCUUCCGAAUACUUGAACACACUCAAUGUCAGCGGCAUCCCAGUGCAUCGCUUGCGGCUAAAACGAUUUGCACCAGUACUUUUAUUGCGCAAUCUUAAUUCCGACAUGGGAUUGUGUAACGGUACGCGUUUGCAAAUUGUAGGCCUAAAGCGAAACUGUUUACACGCUAAAAUUCUGACAGGCACGCGGAGAGACGAAGACGUCCUGCUUCCACGGAUCUUCUGUGACAGCAACGAUAAGGGUCACCCGUUCCAGAUCCGCCGUAAACAGUUUCCGGUGCAAGUGUGCUUUGCGAUGACCAUCAACAAGUCGCAAGGGCAAUCGCUUCACCAUUUGGGCCUAUAUCUGCCGCAAGAUGUUUUCGCCCAUGGCCAGCUAUACGUUGCACUCUCGCGGGUGACAUCACGAGCGAACAUUGCUGUGCUGAUACCGAACCCGAAACGCGCUGACGAGGAAGGUGUCUCCACAAGCAACAUCGUCUACCGAGAGGUCGUUGACAGAUGAUUCUUCUACUGAACCAGAGUGUGACGUAAUUACUGAAAACAGAAAAUUAGACAUUACAUAAAUAUAAAUAUCCAUUCUUUCAGUUUGAACCGGCUAUUCACUAACAAUACAU